CCUGGAAACCCUGGUACAAAUGGAAAUCCAGGACGUACUGGAGCAACGGGUUACACAGGGGGUACUGGAUAUGGUUCACCUGGAAACAUUGGAGCUCCUGGAAUUGUAGGACAAACUGGACAAGUUGGUUUUCCUGGACCUCAAGGAUCUCCGGGUGUUCAAGGCCAACCUGGAUUUCAAGGACCGCAAGGCCCGCCUGGAAAUUUGGGCUCACCGGGUGACACUGGAUUUUCAGGACCUCCAGGUAGCCAAGGGUCUCCGGGAGAAACAGGCAGAAAUGGUCCAGAUGGAGUAUACGGUGCUACAGGUGCUACUGGAGUGUAUGGCAAUCCAGGUUCAAAAGGACUUCAAGGCGAUAUGGGAUUUCAAGGUUUUACAGGAGCAACUGGACAAAUAGGUUACCCGGGUGUUAUAGGACGAACAGGUGCUUCCGGAUUUCAAGGACCAGCAGGUAAAAUAGGAGAUACCGGUUCAAGUGGACCCAGAGGGCCGACAGGUGUAUCAGGCAACCCUGGACAACCUGGAUUUAUGGGAGUUAAUGGACGCACUGGUAAUGCUGGUUUUACAGGUUAUACUGGGGCUAUCGGAGUACAGGGUCCUCAGGGAUACACCGGUCAAACAGGAGGAACAGGAAACACCGGACCUUUUGGAAUGGUCGGUUCUACAGGAUAUCCUGGCCCUAGAGGCGUUGAUGGUUCAAUGGGUCGACCUGGAGAUAAUGGAUCUCCUGGAGUCAGAGGAUCGCUCGGUCCUCAGGGUGGUACAGGUCAAAGAGGACCAACGGGAGCUACGGGUUCAACCGGUUUUUCGGGAUUUCAAGGAAAUCCUGGAACUCUAGGUUAUUCUGGACAACCUGGUUUCACCGGACAAGUUGGGUUUCCAGGUCAACCUGGAAAUCCUGGA